AUGGCAGAGAACGUGCUCACCAUCGCGUACGAGAACGGGGUCAACCUCUUUGACACAGCCGAAGUCUACGCUUCUGGCAAAGCAGAAAAAACCUUGGGGAACAUCCUGAAGAGCAAAGGUUGGAGGCGUUCAAGCUACGUUGUCACCACAAAGAUCUACUGGGGAGGCCAGUAAAAAGCAGAAUUUUUGCUCACGAGACUCCACAGCUUAGAGGGAAUUGUCCGGGCCAUGACGUACGUGAUCAACCAGGGGAUGGCCAUGUACUGGGGCACGUCUCGCUGGAGCGCCAUGGAGAUUAUGGAGGCCUAUUCGGUAGCCCGGCAGUUCAACCUCAUCCCCCCGGUCUGCGAGCAAGCCGAAUACCACAUGUUCCAGCGGGACAAGGUGGAGACCCAGCUCCCGGAGUUGUACCACAAGAUCGGGGUGGGGGCCAUCACGUGGUCCCCGCUGGCGUGCGGACUCAUCACCGGGAAAUACGAGGAGCGGGUGCCGGAGAAUUGCCGGGCUUCCAUGAAGGGCUACCAGUGGCUGAAGGAGAAGCUCCAGAGCGAAGACGGGAAGAAGCAGCAGGCCAAAGUGAAGGAGCUGCACCCCAUCGCCGAGCGCCUCGGCUGCACGGUGGCGCAGCUGGCCAUUGCCUGGUGCCUGCGUUCGGAAGGGGUCAGUUCUGUCCUCCUUGGCGUCUCCAGCACCGAUCAGCUCAUUGAAAAUUUGGGAUCCAUCCAGGUUCUAACCCAGCUGACGCCCCAAGUCGUCCAGGAAAUCGAUGCGCUUCUGGGUAACAAACCCAAUACAAAAAAAGAGUCCCGGGCGUAGGGACACUGUGGCGCCCGGGACUGUGCACGCUGUUGUCCCAACGGACUGCAUCUCCUUCCGCUCCUCCGUGGGGCUCCUGUCCCCGCCCACCUGCUCCUCCCCACGGGCUCUUCACCAGCUGCUGCCUCUUAAUUUUGUGGGGAGGGCAAGGAGGAGCCGCUUCGCGCAUGAACCAAAUAUCCGUGUACUUCCAUGUCGGAUAAAGCGGGAGGGGCGGGAUUGGGGGCUGCCCUGCCCUGUGGCGGCUGCUUAGAUUACAACACAACUAUAUGGCAUGAGCAACUGAGCUACGGGGCUGGCGGGUGAAAGGCCCUGCCCCCUGCUAAGGCCGGAACUACCAGCCGCUUUGCCUCUCUUUCCAUAU